AUGACUUCAAACGACGAAGUUGCAAACGAAAUCAAAGCUUCGGCAUUGGAACUUAUUGGGAACACACCUAUCGUUGCUCUCGACAGAAUAUGGUCCGGACCGGGUCGUAUACUGGCUAAAUGUGAAUUCAUGAAUCCCGGAGGGUCAAUAAAAUGCCGCUCGUCACUGCAUAUGAUAAAAAAAGCUCUCGAGAAUGGAGAUCUAAAACCUGGAGCGUCUGUUUUAGAAGUCACAUCUGGUAAUCAAGGAUGUGGUCUGGCAGUUGUUUGUGCAGUAUAUGGACAUCCACUUACUCUUACCAUGUCUGAGGGUAAUAGCGUGCAAAGAGCAUUACACAUGGAAGCCCUCGGUGCAAAGUGUGUUCGAGUACCACAAGUAGAAGGCACUUAUGGUAAUGUAACCUUAGCAGACGUGCAAGCCGCAGAAAAGAAAGGGCUGGAAUUAGUAAAAUUGACAGGUUCAUAUUUUGUGGAUCAAUUUAAUAAUAAGAUGAAUUCAGACACACAUUAUAACAGCACUGGACCGGAAAUUUGGAAGCAAACUGGACACCACGUCGACGCUUUUGUAGCUACAGUCGGCACGGCUGGAACUUUUAUUGGAACGUCUAAAUAUCUUAAGGAAAAGAAUCCUAAUUGUAAAUGUUACGUCGUGGAGCCAAAAGGUUCUGAGCCAAUCAGAGGUCAACCUAUAACGAAACCACUACAUUUGUUACAAGGAUCUGGAUACGGAUGCGUUCCGAAUCUUUUCAGUUUUGGUUACCUUGACGGAACUCUUACCGUAAGCGACGAUGAGGCAUUGUACUACAAAAAACUCAUUGGAGAGAAAGAAGGCUUGUACGUGGGAUACACGAGUGGUGCUAAUGUGGCUGCAGCAGUUAAACUUCUGGAGUCAGGCCAGCUGCCUCCCGACGCAUGGGUCGUUACAAUGCUCAAUGAUACCGGAUUAAAGUACACUCCUAUGUAA